UUACUAAGCGGGAGGCGCGGAUUUGCUGUAGUGUCGUCUCAAGCUAACUCCAGUUUUUUUUGGACGCCGAGUGAUUUGCUGGACAGAGGGCUAUAUAGGAGUUCGCGGCAACUGGCUGUGUGACAGCGCUUAAGAGCCGCAAGAGGGUCGCGUUCUAUUUAGUGCCCACCAGAUGCUGAUCAUGAGCGACUCAGCGGGAGACGACCCCACAGUGACGGCUCUGCUGGCCAUGUCAGAGUUCUUUGUGAGCCAGGGACCACAGGCAGUGUGUGAGGCAGCUCGCUGUCUGCUGGCUGUGUUAGCUCUGAGACCUGUGGCGCGAGUGGAGGCCAGCGUGCGACUGAGACUGGGUCUACUGCUCAGUGAACACACCUCCUGUGCCCUGGAGGCCAAGGAGCAGCUGGAGAAGUCUAUGUUGGUGGCAGGAACGUCAGGAAACAUGCUGGAGGUGAGGUUCCACGCAGCCAGCAGUCUUGCGGGUCUCCUGGCGACCCAGGGUCAUCAGCAGCAGGCACGAGGUCUCCUGCGAGGGAAGCUGGAGGCCACCUCUCACCAUCCCUACUGGCACACCAGACUUCUCCUCCAGCUGGCUGACCUGAUGUCCAGUGAGGGAGAUGUUGCCGGGCAACUGAGCAUGCUCUCCCGCUGUGCCGACUACUGCCAGAGAGUUGGUGCAGGCCACACCCACCUGCUGGCAACUUUGGCCCGCGGAGCUGUUCUCCUCACUCACCAUGACUACUCUGAGGCGGGGUCGGUGCUGAAUGUGGCAUCGUCUGUACUGGAGAACCACAGAGGACCAGGACAGGUUCUCCUCAGAACCUUCUACCUCACUAUCCAGGUCACCCAUCUCCUCAUGGCGGGCCAGGUGAAGACAGCCAAGCCCCACUUGAAGCAGCUGCAGCAGUGUGUACAGAGCCUCAGCAACCAGCCAGAGGAGAAGGCGGGGCCUGUCAUGACCUCUGACCUCUCAGGAGUUGGACGGGGCUCUGCUGACGACUUCCUGUGGCUGACACGACAUCAUGCUUACAUCACUGUCUACCUAGUGAGUGUUCUCCACUCAGUUCAGGCAGGGCUGACUGACAAGGCCCUCUCCUAUGUGGAUCGAGCUCUGCAGCUCAUCAACCAGGAGAUUGUGUCCAGCAUUCGGCCCAGUGGGGUGCUGGGUGUACUCAAGGUCCAUAUCCUGGAGCAGUCAGUGCAGUGUCUUCUGAUGAGAGGAGAGACGACUAAUGCAGCCACACAACUGCAGGACCUUGUUGACGUCUGCCACGCCCACCCUGUCCUGGUCUACUCACAUAGAGCCGUCCUCCACACUCUCUUGGGCCUGUAUGCCUUUGCCACUGGUGGUCUGGACAGAGCUGCCGCUCAGCUGCAGACGGCCCUCCAGCACACUAACUGCAGGGAGCUAAGAGUCCUCAUUUCACUCAAUCUUGCCGUCUGCUUCAUGAAGAUGGGGACGUCAAAGGAUGCGGAGCUUGCUGCUCUCAUGACCUCUGUGACCUCUGACGGAGCUGGUGUCACCUGCCAGAGUCUCCAGAGUGCAGUCAGCUAUGUCCGCGGCCUCUUCUCCUUCACCUCUGGUCGUAUCCACGACGCCAAGCGGCAGCUGCGGGAGACGCUGGCGAUUGCCAACGCAAGUGACCUGAAUAAGCUGACCAGCUGCUCUCUGCUUCUCCUUGGACAGAUCUUCAUGGCCCUCGGAAACAAUAAGGAGACACUGGAUAUGGUGACUCCAGCACUUCAACUGUCAGUCAAAAUGCCUGAGAACAGUCUUCAGGUUUGGGCCGCCUCUCUCCUGGCAGAUCUCUACCGCACUCUGGGUCAGCCUGAGAAGGAACAAGUUCUGCGACAACAGAGCAGUGGAGUCUCUAGUCUGUUGGAAGAAGACAAGAAAAAAGCGGUGGGCAGUAAGGCCCACCAACUGGUGCAGUGGACCAUUGGGGAGUGGCCAGUGACAGCCCCACCCCCUGCAGAGGUCAGAAGUCAUCAGCAGGUUGCGGUGGUAGGGACACCCCCACGUCGCAGCAGUGUGACUGUGAACGGCAGUCCUGUGGUGCUAAAGACACCUGAGAUCCUGCUGAAGAAGGUGGAGAGUCCAAGUAGAGCCACACCUCCAAAAUCACUACUGGCAACGGCAAACAAGCCCCAAGCCACACACCCUCAAUCACAGGCUCCACCCACCAACUCUGUGAGAAGGGAAGUUGCGGUGGAGGUGAGGAGAGAGAGGGGAAAACAGGGAGGCAAGUCCUCCAGAGACAGGUCCUCAAACCACUAUCCCGAUGCUGUCAGGGAUCACAAACUGUGUGGCUCAACUCUCCAGGAAGACAUGUGCCAUGUACCACCCUCUCUUCCCCAGACUGCACACCCUCCGUGCAGUGAAUCCCCGCACACCUCUUACAUUCUCCCCAAUCAGGACCCUCUUUCUCAUUCACCCAAUCAGGAACCAAUCAAUCAGAACAUCUCUUCUUCUCAACCUAAUCAACCUAAUCAGGGCAUCUCUUAUUAUCAACCAAAUCCACAAACUAAUCCUCAAACUAAUCAGGAUAACUCUCUUUGUCGACCAAAUCAGGACACUUAUUCUCAACCAAAUCAGGAAACCUCUCACUUGGAACGGGACAUGUCUCAUCGCCAGGACAUGAAUCGCUGCGGGCCACAUCAGGGAACAUUCCACAUACCAAACCAAGAAAUGGCAGCUGAAGGUCUCCACUCUCUUCCACAGUCUGUUGCAGCUCCUUCCCCACCUCGACAAGCCCAAUCUCUUCAGUCCAUAUACGGGGCGCACCCUCCUCCUGGCAACCAGAUGGCUCCUCAUCUCCUCUCCUCCCAGACCUUGGCUCUCUCCCGGUCCCCGAGACCCCUCUCGUCCCCCAGCCACUCUCAGCAGCAGUACCACCGACUAACUCCUCCUCAGCCUCACUUCCUUGGCCCUGAUGGAACACCCCACCACCUCACACAACCUCCUCCUUCCUAUGAACACAGCCUCUACGCUCGUACUCCACCCCAAAUGCCAGGGUCCUCCCCUUCAGGUCCUCGCAGUCCGCAACUCCACCACCUUUCUCCCUCACAUACCCCUCCACCCCCCAGGAUUCAAAGCCACACCCCUCAUCUAGACCACACCCACAUGUCUCCAAUUCAACUACAAAUGCUCCAUUCUCAACAACGGUUGCUGUGGGAAAGGCAAAAGUACCUGCAGGCGCAGCAGAGAGCGAGACAGACAGGUGGCUAUAUUGUCGUGCCACCUGGCCCCAGCUCCGCUCCUCACUACCCAAUGCAAAGUCUUACACCUCCCCACCUCUCGCACAUGGCUUCUCUGGGGCAGAUGGGCCGAGACACAAGUCGCGCCCCCCACGGACCUUCUCCCCACCCCUCUCAACUUCCUCCUGUCCACCUCCUCCCUGGACAACCUCACCUACCAUUUCUCCAUGGCCACCAACACCGAUAGUCAAAACCUCUGCCACUCUUUUUUAUGCAGCCUGUCAUCAUCUUGUGUUUCUAUAUCUAACAUAGGUGAUUUCUUAUCAAUGUAUACUCGUAUAUACUGUGCUCAAUCACGUGAUAUUCUUCACUAAAAGCACGCAAUUAAUAGUGGGCGCAAAUGCGCAUGCGCAAAAAGUAAACCGAGAUGGAAGAGACGGGAACAACGGUGUGGAAGCAGGUUACGGCCAUGCACUACAACGCCCUCCAGAAACAGAGUGCAGAAGGAAGGUCUGAAGUUGGCUACACAGCGCCACUGAUCAGCGGCGGCAACAGGCCAGCCAAGACAGCUACUGCCUCUGAUGAGGUAAUCGUCCUGUCAGAUGAAGACAGUCCUGCCUCAGCAUCUCCAAUUAGUGCCCCCCAGGAAGGAGGGUCUGCGGACUUGAGUCAAAUCCAGCAGCUCCUGGAACAGGAAGAGAAGGAACUCAGACGCCUCAAGCAACUCCGAGGAAUCCAGGCCCCCGUUGCCACGACAACCAGCUCAGACAUGGAGCCUGUCAAAUCGAGAGCCUCAACCAAAAGUAACAUUAUAGUUGUCCCUGGUAACCAGGUACAGAAGUCAAUCACAAUGUCUGCUGGAGGGACUGGGAUUUCGUCACGACUGCAGCACAUUGUUGACAGCAUUGCAGUUGACCAGGCUUUCCCUCCCUCCCACAAGUCAGGAGCCGCCCAGGCAGCUGGUCGAAGUUAUGCUCCUACCAAUAAACCAGGCUGUGAGGUCACCUCUGACCCUCUAACCAUGACGACCAAGGCUCCUCCCCCUCUUCUUCCGACCCCUGCCUCCACUGCUCCUUCGGGGAAGACACUGGUGCCGGUGACCUCUGACCCUGGCCCCCCCUGUCUAAAGUCAGUGGACCCGGAGAGGGAGAAGACAGUGAUGGCUGCCGUGGAGAACUCAAGGCGAUACAAAGAGUACCUCUCCAAAAACCAGGUAGCCAAAAAGACGUUUCAGAAGCAGAUCGAGAGGAAGAUCGCAUCGGCUCCUUACCCCAAGACCUUCCGACAAGUGUGGCCUGUCAUCCCUGUCUUUGACAACUCUUUCAUUCGUAAUUAUGGGCUUGAGGCCAUCAUGCAGCACUUUGACAGUAGCCUUGCCAGUUCUGCAGCUCAAGAGAAGGCCAACAGCAGCUCCAAAGUGAAGCCGAUCUGCAACCAGUGUGGCUGUGACUUUGCCUCAGCCUGGCAGAUACGGAAGAGCAACUCGAAACAACUGCUACUCUGCGAAGCAUGUGACUUUGCCAAUCUGAAAAUCCUGCAGAGGUCAAAGCUGGCAAACCAACUGAGGGACCUGCUGGCUUCCAUUUCAAAGGAGAAGGAGAAGUUUGAGGCAGAGUGUGAAGAGGCUCGAAAGCAAGUCGUUUCGAGUGAGCGGCAGUUGGUGCAAGCCAUGAUGGCGCAGCCACACAACCUUCCCUCUCUGUACCCCUCAACCCAGAAGACCUCUGUCACUGCAUCUGCCGCCAGGAUCCAGAGCUCGCAAAGCUCACGAGGGAAGGUGCAUGGCAGUGCAGGUGUGGUGAGCACCAUGCAGGCUGUCAUCCCCAGCAUCCUGCCGUCCCUCUCCUCCAACAGGGAGACUGCAAAUGGCUCGAGGAAAAGAAAGGAGCCAGCAGCCACACCCAUGCCUCCUGCAGGCAAGUCCCUGAAGCUGGACCAGACACUUGACAAGUUGUCAAAAGCUCUGCUAGAGCGCAAGUUGGAUGAGCAGCGUCAGCAAGCUGGGGGAAAGGGGGAGGGAGC